AUUGGAAAUGGAACUUUAGCCGAUGUUAGUUUUUGGAAUGUCGCUCGUGUAACCGUUGAGAUGUAACCUACAAAUUCUAACUCAUGCAAUACCUAACACGUUGUGUAUGUUGCAUUAGCAUACCAGCCGGUACUGAUUUUACCGUUAACCGGCCGUCAGAGAGCAAGUGAAAAUGACAGAGAAAUUGCCAGAGACUAUAAAUUUCUCUAAAGAAGAGGAAACGGUUCUGGAAUUGUGGAAAAAGUUGGACGUCUUCCCGAAUUGCUUGCGACAAUCUAAAGGUAAACCACGAUAUUCAUUCUAUGAUGGACCUCCUUUUGCUACUGGACUACCCCAUUAUGGGCAUAUCCUGGCUGGCACGAUCAAGGAUGUUAUCACCAGAUACGCUCAUCAACGAGGGUAUCAUGUGGAACGUAGAUUUGGAUGGGAUACCCAUGGUCUACCUGUGGAAUUUGAAAUUGACAAGGCCCUAGGUAUCAAGGGUCCUGAUGAUGUAGCUAAAAUGGGUAUUGCGAAUUACAACAAGGAAUGUCGUAGUAUUGUUAUGAGGUAUGCUACUGAAUGGGAGAAGAUUGUCACUAGAAUUGGACGCUGGAUUGAUUUUAAAAACGAUUACAAGACUCUGUAUCCGUGGUACAUGGAGUCAAUUUGGUGGAUCUUCAAAGAGUUGUUUAAUAAGGGACUUGUCUAUCAAGGUGUAAAAGUUAUGCCCUACUCAACAGGUUGUAAUACCCCUUUGUCCAAUUUUGAAUCUGGUCAGAAUUAUAAGGAAGUUGUUGAUCCAUCAGUGGUCGUUGCAUUUCCACUGUUAGAUGAACCAGAUGUAUUCGUAUUAGCUUGGACUACUACACCAUGGACAUUACCUAGCAAUUUAGCAUUGUGCUGUAAUCCAAACUUUGAAUAUGUUGAAGUUAAAGAUGAAGCAUCUGGAAGAAUUUAUAUUAUUUUAGAAUCAAGUCUUGAUCUUAUUUACAAGUCUAAAGAUCUAUAUACUAUACAAGGCAAAAGAAAGGGUACAGAUUUGAAAGGCAAGAAAUAUGAACCUCCCUUCCCUUAUUUCUUGCAAAUAAGAGAAAAAGGUGCAUUCAGAGUCUUGAAUGAUAACUAUGUCACAGCAGACUCUGGUACUGGUAUUGUACAUCAAGCACCAUAUUUUGGCGAAGACGAUUACCGCUGUUGCUUGGAAGCAGGAAUUAUAACCAGAGACCAACAAGUUAUCUGUCCAGUAGAUAGUUGUGGUCGCUUUGUUGAACCCGUACAUGAUUUUGCAGGACUCUAUGUAAAAGAUGCAGAUAAAGAGAUCAUAAAGUAUCUUCAAAAAAAUUCUAAACUCGUGCACAGUGGUACAUCCAAGCAUAGUUAUCCUUAUUGCUGGAGAUCCGAUACACCUUUAAUCUAUAAAGCUGUACCUUCCUGGUUUAUCAGGGUAGAACAAAUUAAAGAUAAAUUACUGCAAGCAAGUGCAGAGACAUACUGGGUACCAGAUUAUGUAAAAGAUAAGCGUUUUGGUAAUUGGCUAAGAGAUGCCAGAGAUUGGGCUAUCUCUAGGAACCGUUACUGGGGUAAUCCUAUACCCCUUUGGGUAUCCGAAGAUGGUAAAGAAGUCGUCUGUGUUGGAAGCAUCGCCGAAUUGGAGGAACUAACUGGUACCAAAGUAACGGAUAUUCACCGGGAGAGCAUUGAUGACCUAACAAUUCCAUCCAGGCGUCCUGGACAACCACCACUUCGUCGUGUACCUGAAGUCUUUGACUGUUGGUUCGAAUCUGGAUCCAUGCCCUACGCACAAGUGCAUUACCCAUUCGAGCGCCCCAAGGACUUUGAAGAUUGCUUUCCUGCCGACUUCAUCGCCGAAGGAAUUGAUCAGACUCGGGGAUGGUUCUAUACUCUACUAGUUAUCUCUACGGCACUCUUUGGCAAGCCGCCCUUCAAGAAUCUUGUCGCCAGCGGCUUGAUACUCGCAUCCGAUGGUCAGAAGAUGUCAAAGCGCAAGAAGAAUUAUCCAGAUCCAAUGGAAGUGGUGAACAAAUUCGGUGCAGAUGCUUUGCGGCUAUACUUAAUUAAUUCUCCUGUCGUCCGCGCUGAGAAUUUACGAUUUAAGGAAGAAGGUGUAAGAGAUGUUAUAAAGGACGUCUUUUUACCAUGGUACAAUGCGUUCAGAUUCCUGAUGCAAAAUAUUGAGAGAUUUGAACGCGAGGAGAGGACAACUUUUGUAUACAAGGAUGUGAAAGACUCUGCUAGUCUGUCAGAUAAUAUAAUGGACAGAUGGAUAGUAUCCUUUACGCAGACGUUGCUACUCUUCCUGAAGCAGGAGAUGCAGGCUUAUCGACUCUACACUGUAGUCCCACGUUUAAUAAAAUAUAUAGAUAAUCUUACCAACUGGUACGUCAGGAUGAACAGAAAACGUAUCAAGGGUGAUAAUGGUGGUGCUGAUUGUCAGCAUGCUCUCAAUACCUUAUUCUCUAUUCUCUACACGAUGGUCCGUAUUAAUGCACCUUUCAUACCAUUUUUAACGGAAUUCAUGUUCCAGCGUCUUUCCAAACUUAUAUCGUCAUCCAAAGAGAACUUGGAUAGUGUCCACUACCAGAUGAUUCCAAAUACACUUCCUCAGCUCAUCAAUGAGGACAUUGAAAAAGCUGUUUCAUAUAUGCAAACAGUAAUUGAAUUGGGAAGAGUUGUACGUGACAGGAGAACUAUCCCUGUGAAGUAUCCACUGCCAGGAGUCGUUGUCAUACACCAAGAUCCCCAUGUAUUAAAGAAUAUUGACUCCUUGAAGUCUUAUAUCCUAGAAGAGCUUAAUAUCAAGGAACUGAUUCUGACAAGGGACAAGGAAAAGUAUGGAGUAGCCUUAAGAGCUGAACCUGAUCAUAAAGCACUUGGUGCUAGACUCAAGGGCGAGUUCAAAUCCAUGACGCAGGCUAUCAAAGAACUUAGUGACAAGGAACUUCAGGAAUUUGUCUCUAAAAAGGAAAUCACAGUUCGUGGGCAUAAACUUGGAGAAGAGGAUCUGAGAUUAAUGUUCAGCUUCACCGGUCCUGCUGCCAAAGAGUUGUCUGAGCAGUACGAAGCCCACAGCGAAGGAAACAUUCUGAUCCUAUUGGACGUGACUCCGGAUGAAACUAUGCAGAAUGAGGGAAUUGCCAGGGAAAUAAUAAACCGUGUGCAGAAGUUAAGGAAGAAGGCACAACUUGUACCUUCCGAUGAAGCCAUUGUCUACUAUUCCAUUGGGGAUCCUAAGAGUACUUUAGCACUAGUCGCUGUUAGUCACCAGCAAUUUAUUGAAGCAACAACAAAGACGCCACAAAGAGACAUUAAAGAAAUGCCUAAGGAUGUUACAGUCAUCAUCGAAGAGACUCAAAAGGUUAAAGGCGUUGAUAUGAAGCUCAUACUAGUUAAAGGACAAAAAUCCAGUCCAAUUGAAAAUAAUGUUAACAAUGAUGUAGAGCCUUUUUCAAAGUAUGUAAAUGUAGCCUUAAUUGAUAUCCAACCAAGAUAUGGUGCAACGAACAGUCUAGGUACAAUUUUACUAGAGAGUCCAAAAUUCAAUAAUUCCCUGUCGUACAAAUGGCUAAGACAUGAAAUUGAAAUCAUCUUUGGAAUCUACGGAUGUCAUUACGAUUUAUAUAUUAAUGGGAAACAAAUUGAUGAAACAACAAAUCUUCAAUCCUUGCAUAAACAAAUAAUUACUGUUGUUCGUAGUGGUAAACCUGCUUCAGAAGUUACCAAUGAUCAUAAUUUUCCGGCUUGUCGUUUUAUUAAUGUGAAAAAUGGUAACGAACAGGGAAGCAUUCUUUUGGAAAAUCCACAAGGAAACUUCAUUUUGGAUUCUAGCACUUUGCACGACAGAUUACGUUUUAUUUUUCAAAAAUCAAAGCUGUCUCUAAAUCUACCAAAUAAUGGAUUAUCUCAAUUACAUGGAACUGUACUGGAAAUUCCUUAAGGUAAAGAUAGUCCUUAUUUGUGUCUUUUUUUGUUUUUGAAAUAUCUGAACAAUAUUGUCUUUGCUUUACGACCUUAUAUUUUCUUCGUGAUCUGACAAUAUAAGGUGGCUCAUUUACUACACCUUAUAUAUGCUAUCUUCACGAAAGUUUUAGAGUUAGUACUGCUUUGACGAAAAAUAGAGUAAUUUAUAAAAAAUGUAAAUACCAUCUACAGCAGUAUUUAAUAAAAGACUAUUUAACAUUU